AUGUUUAUGUUGCCAGCACUUUUCCUUCGACUGGCUUUAUUUCUGACUAUACCUGCUGAUAUUGAAAGCAUCAUACAAGAUUCAGUCUUGUUUUCAACGCCAACCAAUUCUUACAAGCAGCUGCAAGAGGAGUUUUUUCUUCAACACAUCAGGCACACAGUAACAACCAGUCCACUUCUGAUUACAAUCUUGAACUUGAUUAAUAAUGAUCAGUUUUUGACAAACUUGAUCUACUCUGUUGUGGACAUUUCUAUAGCAUAUCUUUUGGUAUCUACAAUUGGGAGAUUUACAAAGGUCGAUAGGGAGAGAAUAUUGAAGCUCUACUUGUUCAAUCCUUUGGUGUUACUCUCGUUGGUCAGCAAAACUACCACAAUUUUCAACAACUUGUUCAUAGUUGCGGCCCUCAAUGCACUCACAGUUUCAUGCUAUUGUCUUUCAGCCAUAUUUAUUGCCACAUCUGCCUAUUUCACGUACUACUCUUGGUACCUCAUGGUGCCUAUACUAACUUAUAUCUACAAAGAAACGCAGUGUACUUUAAUUGUGAUUAAAACACUAUUAGUCUUUGCGGCUACCACAGUUGCAAUAAUGUUAUUAACCACACAAAGUAAGGAAGAGUUCUUCACGUACUACAGGGAACUCUCAAGUUUCACUACUAUAACUCCGAAUUUAGGUUUGUGGUGGUACUUUUUCACAGAGAUAUUCGAAUUUUUCCACAAUUUCUUUAUCGUAAUGUUCAAUCUUUACACAUUUGUUUAUGUGAUACCACUAACUCUCAAAUUCCAAGGAAGACAAGAUUAUCGCAAGGGACUUAUUUUUUCCAUUUGGGUUAUUCUUGCUCUUGAAGCUAUCUUCAAACCAUAUCCAGUUAUUGCGGAUCAUAUACUUGUUCACUCUUAUGUACCUCUCUGGAGUCUAUGCUUUCAUGACUUGAAGUUUCCGUUACUAUUAAGUUAUCUUGCGAAUAUGGUACUUUUAUUAAUGCUGCCUACAUUUUACUUUAUGUGGAUUAAUCUGUCAUCAGGAAACGCAAACUUUUUUUAUGCAAUUGGUUUGGUGUUCAGCUUUAUACAGGUGGCUGUGCUCAUGGAUUUCAUAUGGGCGAUGAUUCAAAAUAGUCACCGAGCAUGUUAUGGGUUCUCUAGAAAGAGGCUGACUCAGAUUUAG